AGCUGGGGGCAGGGCUUAACCAGGAAGUGGCAAUCCUUCCCCUAACGCUUACUUCAUCAACCUGAGUCCAAACGCUGAGGAGGCCCUGCCAGAUGAGGUCUUAGAUCCCACAAACCUUCCCAAAUGAGAAGCCAGGAAGACUUGGUGAACGUUUCCUCUUGCAUUUCGUGGAGGGAGAUUGAGGUAUAGAAAUACCCUUACUGCCACCUACCUGAAGCCGGAGGAACCACCGACAGCUUCCAGACCAGGAGGCGCCCACAGGUAGAGGACACGUGUGGACUCUGUCGUUGCAGGCCCGCCAUGUGCACCACCAGUGCAUGCGACCUGGAGGAGAUCCCCCUGGAUGAUGAUGACCCAAACAGCAUUGAAUUCAAAAUACUGGAGUUCUACGCCAAACACCAUGUCUUCAAGAGCACGUCUGCUGUCUUCUCACCAAAGCUGCCCAGGACCAGAAGCCUGUCCCAGAGAGGACUGGGGAGUUGGUCAGCAAACGAGUCGUGGCCUUGCAGAAGUUCCCGAUCUAGUGAGAAGCCCAUAAACCUCACCAAGAAAAAGUCCUCUUGGAGAUCUCUCUUUGGAGUAGCAGAGAAGGAUGAAGAUUCAGAGAGCUUGCCUACGGAGAUCCAGGCUCAGGGUCCAAAGAGAGUGGAGCAUGAGGGUGGUCUUCACACUCAACAAUGUUCUCGGUCCCUUUCCAACGUGGAGCAGCGCUUAGAGAACCAAGGUGUGGACCCCAAAGUUGCUUCCAUUGCCAACCGAGUUGCUGAAAUUGUUUACUCCUGGCCACCUCCCGAAGAGCACACCCAGGGAGCAAGCGUCAAGCGUCAAGGGAGCUUUGCUCCUAGGACCCUCUGUCGCUCAGAGGGCCUGAGCUCCCAGCCUAGAGCUGCAAGUGGGAAGAAAGACGGAGAAGACCAGAUAAUAGCCAAAAUCGUCGAGCUGCUGAAAUACUCAGGGGAUCAGAUGGAAAGAGAGCUGAAGAAAGACAAGGCUUUGAUGAACAGCUUCCAGGACGGGCUGUCCUACUCUGUUUUCAAGACCAUCACCGACCAGUUCCUAAGGGGGAUAGAUACCAGAGGAGAAUCAGAGGUCAAAGCUCGGGGCUUUAAGGCUGCUCUUGCCAUCGACGUCGCCGCCAAGCUCAACGCCAUUGACAACCACCCCAUGAACAAGGUGCUAGGCUUUGGAGCCAAGUACCUGAGAGAGAACUUCUCGCCGUGGGUGCAGCAGCACGGUGGAUGGGAAAAGGUACUUGGGAUAUCCCUUGAAGAAGUAGACUGAAACAUCAGAAGAUGCGUAAUCCAGAAAACUCAUUGGCCGGCUGUGUCCUGUGUACAUGGGUCUCAGCAUAGACUCCAGGAGAAAAUGCAAGUGCACAAGGCAGAUGGUGCAUUGUUCUCGUGAACCAAGAUCACCAGGAGAGGCCUCGUUUAUGUCCAGCUCACAGGCGGAGGUAGCAUGGCCUUGCCGCCCAUGUUCUUCAGGCCCUCCACUGAGUGUGUGAGGAAAUCCAGAAAGAUGUGGUAAUUCCAUUAUUCAGAACAGACACCGCCAUCCUGCCUCUGUGGUCACCAUAGGGAAAGUGUGUUAUUCUGACCUCACGAGGGCGCAAUGAUAAACUGCAUGUGCCUACACUUUGGUUUCCGGUGCUAUUUAUUUUAAAACCACAGUUGGUACAGCCUAAUGACAUUGUUGCAAGCCCACCUGUAGGAAGAUGCUGCUGUUCAUGUUAGUAGACAUAGCUCCAGAGAGACUGAAGUGUAUCGCUAGAUCCACUAGUUGGGGGAAAUGCUACCAUAUCUGCCUUUUGGACUCACUUUUCUGGGAGAAUUCUUUGGUGGCUUGAAAAAAUUCCAUUUGGCAGAACACAAUUACUCCUCCUGCCCUCACCUCUCAGUGACCCUGCCUCUGACUCUCAAGGUCUUUGGGACUUUAUUAUUUUUUAUGGGAAUGUAAUGAUUAGUAGCUGGUAAAAUAAAUAUGUGGAAAGACCACUGUCAUUAAGAGUAUCUUGUGGUUAAAAUAAGCAGUAUGUAAUAGUACAAAAAUUUCUGUCAGGAUCAAAUGAGUUAAUUUACAUGAAGUGUUUACAAUAGUGCUUGGAACUUAGUGCCAAGGGUUCACGCAUGUUCCCUGCUAUGUGCUGCCCAGAGCUAAACUGGAAAUUUUCUCUCCCCUCGAAGCAGUCACUGGUUGUUUCCCUGAAAACGAUACUCUUCAGAAUGAGGUCUUCCAAUAUGUCCCAUAGAAAGUAUUUAAGACAUACAACGUUUUAAAACACAUUCAAAUUAUAGGGUCGUACAAAUUUCUGGAUCUCUGGCACUCAACACGGAGCCUGACAUGAAAUAGGCAUUUAAUAAACCUUUGAUGAAUAAAUAAA